CAUCUGGUGUCUCUUAAAAAUUAUAUCAAACGAAGUUGAAGAUUUAUUUUAAAAAAAUUCUAUGAGAAUAUUCUGGAGCUCACACUUUUCGUCAGUCUUUUCAUGAAAUUUCAUAGUUUCAGAGUGUGAAAGCUUAGAAAAGCAUCAAUAAAAAUAAAUAUUAAAAGUGACAGAAAGUGAAUGAAAAGAAAUUUUUUUUUUGUUUUGUUUAAAUAAAGUAAUCACUUGAAGAGAUUCGAAAAACUUUUAGAUAAAAACAUUUGAAAUCCUAAAAAUAGAAGCGACACUUUCAUACGUAAAUAUCACAAAUAAUAGGAUUUCAACUAAAAAUGUCAUGCUGCUCAAGGCGUUCUGCGCCUGUAAGACCGCCAGUUUUAUUAAAAGACCAAAGUGAGAACCUCAAGGGUGCCGAUCAUAUUCAUGUUUCUAAAUUGUACAAAGAUGCAAAGAACGAAAAGUUUAUGAGUUUUUUGACAAACGAAGUUCAAACGCUUUACGAAUCAUUUAACCAUGGAUCAUAUGCAUCAAAUAAUGGUCCUUGUUUAGGAUGGCGUGAAUCAUUAUCGUCGCCUUAUCAGUGGAUGACGUACGACGAAACUCUUUUAAGAGCUAAAAAUUUUGGUUCUGGUCUUCUAGCUUUAGGCCUUUCACCAGGCAAGAAUACAUUUAUCUGCCUUUACUCACACAAUCGUCCGGAAUGGAUUCUAUGCGAACAAGGAUGUUACACUCAAUCAAUGGUUUUGGUUCCGUUAAGUGAUACUCUGGGUCCACAAUCUUGUAGUUUUAUCAUCAACCAGACUGGAACUGGAGUUGUCAUUGUUGAGGAUGACAAGAAAGUUAAUUCACUGUUGGAUUGGCUUCCAACCAAGUUGAGUAAAUUGAUUGUCAUCAACCCUCUUCAUUCUGACACAUUAAGGAGAAUUAAAAAUUCAGCGAUUCAAGUUUACACUUUUGAUGAAGUCGAAAAUUUGGGAUCGAUAUCAAAUAUCAUCGAACGGCCUCCAGUCCCUGAAGAUUUAUGCACAAUUUGCUACACUUCUGGUACAACAGGAAAUCCGAAAGGUGUUAUGCUAUCUCAUCGAAAUGUAAUGGCAUGCAUAGCAUCAGUUUUCCUACAAUUAGGAGAGCAUAAACCUCAAGUUGGGGAUGUUUUGAUAUCCUUUCUUCCUCUGUCACAUAUGCUAGAGCGAACGUGCGAAAACGCUUUAUUCUAUGCUGGUGGUUCGGUUGGUUUUUACUCAGGAAAUAUUAAAGAUUUGGCAAAUGAUUUGAAAGCUUUAAAGCCUACAAUUAUGCCUGCUGUGCCGCGUUUACUUAACAGAGUAUACGAUAAAAUGCAUCUUGAUAUAAAUGGUUCGCCGUUUAAGAAAUUUUUCUAUCAUAUGGCAAUCAAGUCAAAAGAAGCGGAUUUAAAGAGAUUUAUUAUACGAAGGAAUAGUUUAUGGGACGUUCUACUUUUUAAGAGAGUGCAAGAAUCAUUUGGUGGUCGUCUUCGUCUGAUGGUUGUCGGAAGUGCACCAUUAGCUGGUCAUGUGUUGACUUUCAUUCGUUGUUCUUUAGGAUGCAUUGUUGCCGAAGGAUUUGGCAUGACCGAAGCUGUUGCACCAGUCACUUUAACAGUUUUAGGUGAUCACGUCACAGGUCAUGUUGGACCUCCUUUACCAUGUUGUGGCAUAAAGUUAGUUGAUAUUCCUGAAAUGGGAUAUUUCAUGUCAAACAAUCAAGGAGAAAUUUGCAUCAAGGGAACUUCGGUCUUUAAAGGGUAUUUUAAAGAGCCAGAACGUACCGCAACUGCUUUUGAUGCCAGUGGUUGGCUUCACACCGGAGACGUUGGUGAAUGGAAUUCUAAUGGAACACUUUCAGUCAUUGAUCGAAAGAAGCAUAUUUUCAAACUGAGUCAAGGAGAAUAUAUCAUCCCUGAGAAGAUUGAAGGAAUUUAUCAGAAAUCUUCAUACGUCUAUCAAGUGUUCGUAUAUGGAGAGAGUUUGAAGAGUUGCAUCAUUGCUAUUGUCGUCCCGAGAGUUGAAAAUUUAAAAGAAUGGGCUGUCCAGAACAAUAUUCCGGGAACUUUGUCUGUUUUGUGCAAUAAUGCGGAAGUUAAGACUCUGAUAAUGGAUGACAUGAAUGCUAUUGGUAAAGAGUACGGACUAAAAUCUUACGAACAAGUGAAAGAUAUUUACCUUCAUCCGGACCCUUUCUCUAUCAACAAUAAUCUUUUGACAGCAGCUCUAAAGUCAAGACGAGAACAAAUUCGUAAUUAUUUUAAGCCUCAGUUAGAUGAUAUGUAUCAAAAUUUGAAAUGAAACAGUUUGCUACCUUGUUUCAAGUUCAAUAAAUAAAAGUUUAGAUGAUGUUGUCAUGUUCAAGUCUUUAAACUCGUUUAAUUAGCUA